AUGACACGAUUGCAAGUCAAGUGCCUUCUAGUGUUGCUUAAAAUCAGUAUAUUGGGAGCAUUCAAAGUCGUACAUUUUGAAAACAAUUCUACUACUUAUUGUGUUAUAUCUAAACACAUAUUGCAGCCACGAAAUAUUGACCAGACAGCUUUAAGCGAAGAAUGUGAACAACAAGUUCGUGUUAAACAAGAGAAGCUCUCAAAACUAUAUGCGAGUGUCGGUGUUCAUGUUCAAGGAACUGUGGAAACAAUUGUUCCAGUCAACAAAAUACUUAAGCAAUUUGUAAAUGCUAUAUCUUUAAUCUAUCACAGUUUGAGCUACCGUAAGGAGUUAAACGAUUUAAACCAUCUUCGCUUACGUAUAAUAAUAUCAGCAAUCGAAGCAGGACGUAUAUCUGAAGCUUUAGCUCAUUACGUUAUUUUGCGUUCUUGGAGCGAAUGGCAGAGUAUAGUAGAAAAUAUUUAUCAGAACCCUCGACGUCAUCGGAAACAUAUAGAGAACUUGCUUACUUUCAUUCGAGCUUUACCAAAACGGCAAGACCGACUUGAUUAUUAUUAUUUUCUCAAAAAGUAUAUGGUACAGCGGAAGGAUCAUGAAUCAUAUUUAGGUGCAAUGGUUGCGUACGAUGUGCAUAAGAUAAUAAACGCCCCUGACGGAAAAAAUUUCAGCCAGCAGAAUGAGUAUACACUAUGGUCAUCAAUGGUUGAUGGUGCAGCGGGAUACUUCAAGCGUGCUUUUUUGGUUGGCGAAAAUCGAUUUGACUUUAUCAUGCUUGAUCGUGAUUUCCCGGAUUUAUUUGAUAUGAUGUAUCCCUUCGUAUUCACUUUCUCAGACAUUGAUAUGCGAAAAUUCAACACAUGGAAAAUGAUGCAAGUACUAUGCAACAUGCAUCGUCCUAUUUCUAAAGCAAAUAUGUUCCAACAAGCAGUUACAUUAUUACUAGAACGAUUUCCAUGGAGCAAACAUAAUGAGUAUUAUGCUCCUAUGCUAGCUGGAUAUUUACAUGUUUGUAUUCCAAAACUAAAACAAGAUAACAAGAGUAAACAAAUGAUUGAAAAGUUACAAGAACGGUUUUCUAAAUUUAAAAUUGGAGCAAACUUUAAUACAUUGGUAAAAACUAUUGGCCCGCAGAUUCAUAUUAUGGCUGGAUAGGAGCUUAAAAAACAAACAACUGUAUUGAAUAGUGUUGAGAUACUUGAUGCACCGCAAUAAAAUGAGCGAUUGAUAAAUA